AUGGAGCAUUCUCUAGGCGCCCUCUUGGCACAAAAUGACGACGCAGGCUACGAACAAGGCAUCUACUACCUAAGUAGAACCAUGCAAGGCACCGAACAGCAUUACCCAAUUAUCAAAAAGGAAUGUCUGGCCUUUGUGUUUGCCAUCCAAAAGAUGCGGCACUACCUGGUAGGCCAGACGAUCCACGUCAUCUCCCGGAUGAACCCCAUUCGAGUUUUCAUGACGCAGCCUGUAGCACUGAACUGGCGUCUGGCCAGGUGGGCACUUCUGUUGUCCCAAUACGACAUCCAUUUCAUGCCGCAAAAGUCAGUCAAGGGACAGGCCAUCUGCAAUCUUAUGGCUAGUCACCCACUGGGAGCGAAGGCCGACCUAUUUGAAGAUUUGCCUAACGAACCCCCCGAAGCCAACAUCACUUCAUCAUCAGAGGUUUGGCAAAUGUUCUUUGAUGGCGCGUCCCGCGCAGGCGCGAGCGGCUCUAUCGUUGCUGGAGUGGGGGUGGUCUUCACUUCCCCACACAACUACGUGUUACCCCGAGCCUUCUCGUUAACGGAGCCCUGCACCAACAACAUGGCUGAGUACAAUGCGUUACUCAUCGGGCUUGAAUUAGCGAAGGAAUUAGGGAUAAAGCGCCUCGAGGCGUAUGGCGACUCUUAG